CAGUCUGCUGUCGGUCACUGCCAGAGGAGGAUCUGUCCUGAGCAAGAGUGUCGGUCACUGCCAGAGGAGGAUCUGUCCUGAGCAAGAGUGUCGCUCUCAUGCAUCAAACAUCUACUGAGUGACACCGCCGCGGGACAUCCUCUCGCCAGCGUCACCUGUCCGCGCGACACCUGGCAGGCGGCGCGUCGUCUACCGCGCAUGCGCAACGUCUGCGGCGUGAGCUCUUCUUAAGGGCGUCCGGAGGCGCGUCUCCCCGGCAGAGAGACGCUGCAGGGCGGGGAGGAUGCCUCGCUCCUUCCUGGUGAAGAGUAAGCGGGCGCACAGUUACCAUCAGACACGCACCCUGGACUUCACCUGCACAGGUCCUUGGAGUGAUGGUGCGCAGUGUCCCCCGCCGGGUGUCCUCCCGGGUCGGGCUGGUCUGGCAGACACGGAGGAGGAUGAGGAGGAUGAGGAGGAGGAGGAGGAGGUGACCGCUGACUCGCCGGCCUUCUCCCCGGGCUCUCACGCCACGGACGCGGCUGACUUCUCUCCCGAGUCCCCGCUGAGCUGCUCCGGCGACUUGUGUGCGCCCGCCCGGCACUACGAGGGCUUCUGGAGGCCGCCGUCCCCGUCUGCAUCCCCGGUAGAUUCGAUGACGUCGUUCUCUCCGCCAGCGGACGACACGCCGCCUUUCGCGGUUCCCUUCCGGCCGUACGACUGGAGCUGCUGCGCGGCGCACGGGCCCGGCCACGGCCACGGCCACGGCCACGGCCACGAGGCCUCCUCCUUGUACGCGUACGGUGGUCACGCCGCGCUCCUCCUGCAGGCCCACGACACGCGGCGGCACGCGCCGGAAGUGCUGCAGUGCGCGGGUUUGAUGCUCGGCGGCGCCUACAAGUGCGUCAAGUGCGGCAAGGUGUUUUCCACGCCGCACGGCCUGGAGGUGCACGUCCGCCGCUCGCACAGCGGCAGCAGACCCUUCGCCUGUCAGGCCUGCAACAAAACCUUCGGCCAUGCGGUCAGUCUGGAGCAGCACAAGGCCGUGCACUCUCAGGAGAGAAGUUUCGACUGCAAAAUCUGCGGCAAAAGCUUCAAGAGGUCGUCCACGCUGUCCACGCACCUGCUCAUCCACUCCGACACGCGGCCAUACCCGUGUCAGUACUGCGGCAAGAGGUUUCACCAGAAGUCAGACAUGAAGAAGCACACCUUCAUCCACACAGGUGAGAAGCCGCACAGGUGCCAGGUGUGCGGCAAGGCGUUCAGCCAGAGCUCCAACCUCAUCACGCACAGCCGCAAGCACACGGGAUUCAAGCCGUUCGGCUGCGAGCGCUGUGGCAAAGGCUUCCAGCGCAAAGUGGACCUGCGGAGACACAAAGACACACAACACGGCCUCAAGUGAAACAAAGUGGACCUGCGGAGACACAAAGACACACAACACGGCCUCAAGUGAAACAAAGUGGACCUGCGGAGACACAAAGACACACAACACGGCCUCAAGUGAAACAAAGUGGACCUGCGGAGACACAAAGACACACAACACGGCCUCAAGUGAAACAAAGUGGACCUGCGGAGACACAAAGACACACAACACGGCCUCAAGUGAAACAAAGUGGACCUGCGGAGACACAAAGACACACAACACGGCCUCAAGUGAAACAUGCCGGCCACUGCUCAAAAAACAAAAACAUUAUUUAUUUUUCAACAAGGAAAUACAUUUAACACUAAAAUUCAAUAAAUCAUCAAUAAAGGCUGCUUUC